GUUCUGAUAAAAUUGAUGCAAACUUUGUCUAAAUACGAUUGACCUUUAGUGGCUCCAACGACUGGGCUAUUAUACCGAUAAAUAAAUAAACCGUAGAAAUAUUUCUGCCGCAGAUGAAACCGACCUCAACGGACAAUUGUUAAACGAAGUCAUUGUUUUACUCGAAUAUCCAUUCGAAAGAAACAUGUCCUUAACGACGGACGUCUUACCGACGCUCUACCAACACUACACAGCGGGUGGAAUCCACUCCGGUUUGAACGCCGAUAAACCCUACUUUACCCUAAACGACAGAAACGUGACCUUAUACAGCGGAUCCCUGCACUACUUCCGAGUACCGAAGGCCUACUGGAGGGACAGAUUGAGGAAACUUCGCGCCGCAGGUCUAAACGCCAUCGAGACCUACAUACCCUGGAACCUGCACGAACCCCAACCCGGAUGGUACGACUUCGGCGACGGCGGCUCCGACAUGCAGGAGUUCCUCGAUCUGAGAGAGUUCCUGCGCACCGUCAAAGAGGAGGAUCUCUUCGCCAUCGUCAGGCCGGGCCCUUACAUUUGCACCGAAUGGGAGUUCGGGGGCUUCCCCAGCUGGUUGUUGCGAGAGAACGACCUUAAAAUCCGCACGUCCGACGAGUCCUACAUGAAGCACGUCCGAAGGUACUUCAACGUGCUGCUGCCGAUACUGGCGCUGCUGCAAUUCACCAAAGGCGGUCCCGUGGUGGCCUUCCAAGUGGAGAACGAGUACGGCAGCACCGAACAGAAGGGGAAAUUCACGCCGGAUAGAGCCUACCUCAGGGAACUGCGCGACUUGUAUACAUCUAAUAACAUAGUGGAGUUAUUGGUGACUUCUGAUGGUACAUCAUCGCAUAGAGAUCGAGGGACUCUACCGGGAGUCUUCCUGCAGACGUCGAACUUCGCCGGUAAUCCGGAACGAGAAUUCGACGUCCUGCGGGAACUCCAGCCCAACAGGCCGGUGAUGGCCAUGGAGUUUUGGACCGGAUGGUUCGAUCACUGGUCGGAGGUGCACCAUUUGCGGAACGACGACGAUUUCAAGAGGAUCACCGAGAGGAUACUGAAAUAUCCGGCUUCGGUGAACAUGUACAUGUUCCACGGCGGCACCAAUUUCGGAUUCAUGAACGGCGCGAAUCUUAAGAACGGGUUAGUGGACAAUUCGGGCUAUCAACCGGACACCACCAGCUACGAUUACGACGCUCCUUUAUCCGAAAACGGCGAUUACACGAUCAAAUACGUUAUGGUGAAGGAGUUGCUGAAGAAGUACAACAAUAUACCAACCAGAUUACCACAAACUCCUAGUGAAACACCUUCGAUCGCCUACGAUGCAUCUCCUAUUACUCACCAAUUAAUCCUGCAAGAAGUUUUAGCUAACCAACAGCCUGUAUUGAACAAAAGCGUGGUACCAAUGGAGCUGUUGCCGAUAAACAACAACACAGGGCAGAGCUACGGGUACGUGGUGUACAGGAAACGAUUCUCGACUAUACCAGCAAAUUCGGUGUUGAGAAUCGGAGGAAGAGUGUGCGACACCGUCGUGGUACUUUUAAACGGUAAACUAAUGUCCAAACCGUUGAACAACGUCGACGAUUUGAACGGUUUCGGUUUCUGGAAUGUCAAAAACGGAGAUCUGUCGUUGGGGCCCGAGAAUCGCCCGGGAGCUGUGCUGGACUUGCUGGUGGAAAAUUGGGGCAGGGUCAACUUCGGCAACGUGAAGCAAUUCGCGCAGUUCAAAGGACUGUGGCAGGACGGGGUGUACUUGAACAACGAGCUGAUCCGUGAUUGGGAAAUCUACCCGUUGGAGUUCAAGCGAUCGUGGACGGGGAAUUUGAGCGGGUGGCGCGAAACCGGGGAAACCCUGCCGACGGGAGCUGGUUUGUACAAAACCCGAUUCUUCGUCAAUAACACUAUGGAUACGUACGUGGACAUGAGCGAUUGGUGCAAAGGUAUCGUUAUCGUGAACGAUUUCGUGCUGGGACGGUACUCGAGAAUAGGACCGCAACAGACUUUGUACCUACCGGCUCCCUUGUUGAAAACAGGCUGGAACCAGGUUAUUAUUUUCGAGCAUUACAACCCAUCGAAAUACGUUAAAUUUUCUGAUAAGCCGAUUUUCAAAACCAGAAACGAAAGGCAUCCUAUCGAAACACCGACUUCGUUUUACACUCAAGUACUUAGCAACUAAAACUCUUACUACGUGUUGUAUAUGUUACGGAUAAAACAAAAUAUUAAAAUUAAAA